AUGUUCUGGAGGUCCUGGAGGACGGCUGGAACGUCCUUUAACCACUUUGUGGAAGAAAGAGGGGAAAACGCCACAGCCAAAGAGAAGGAGCACAACUCAGUGGACCACAUAUGCAGCCUGUUCGAAUAUCCUUUGGGGAAGUGGACUGAAUUCUACAAGUGGGAAGAUGUGGGAUCAGCGUAUGCCCGAAACCUUCUCGAUCCAUUCUACGCCAAAUAUGCAAGGAAGGGCAGUGUUUUGGACGACUCCUCGAGUGAGGCUGGUUACAAUAAGGAUCUAGAUGCUGAUGGUGGAGAUGGACAUGACGAUGGAGAUGACGAUGGGGCUGAUGGUCAACGCAACGCUGCGAAGUGGACGCGGUAG